AUGUCUUGGUAGGAGUUUAUUUUGUGUUAAUCAUUCAUUUUUUGAUUUUGAGGCUGGUGUGAAGCUUGAAAUGGAAACGCUAAGCGAGGACAUAAGCAAGAAAAUCGUGUCUCCACUGAAUUUCUUUGUAGAUUUUUCAGCUAAUGCAAGUAGUCACUUUGCAGGUUUGAUUGAAAAUUGAAAGAGUAAAAAAAAAAAGGUUUAAAGGGAAAGGAGGCGAUUCAUUCGCCGAGGAGCUGACAGCGGCAUUGAGGCUAGCAUAUGCGAAUGUCACCGAUUUAAUUCCCUCUAUUAGAAAGUUAGUGGAUUAUUUAUAGUCUUGUUGCUGAAUUAUAGAAUCAUAAGCUUGUUUUAGAAAUUUUUAGUUGUUCAGAAUGAUUUUAUCCAAUCGGCAAAGAUGGAAAAUCAACGUCGAUGUGACGGUUUUUGCAGUGGGACGGCAGCGUUCUCGACGCGAUUUCAAUUGGAGUUGGCUUUUCUUCUAAGAAUUUAACGAUAAUAAUCUCCCUCUCAAUAUUGAAAUAUUUUGAGGUGAUCGGAGCGUUGAGCGACCUUUCGAUUCCCGAAGUCGACGUCGUUCCAGACGACGGCGGCAGGAGUUCCUUGAACUUGCGACGUCUUCGGACCGGCGACGACAUCCGAGAUGAAGAUCUGCCUGUUAUAACCUGGCAGCUCGAAGUUCUCAAGUUCGUUUUUGAAAAUUGUAGAAGAUUUUGGAACCUUUGAGACUUUAAAAAAUUUAUGAUCAAGUACUUAUUUUUAAUUUAGUAUACUAUGAGGCUCCUCAUCAAAAUCAUGUUAUUCGAGACUUUCUAGACCCUUUUUUAAAAAAAAAGUUGAUUAAAAGCUAGAAAUUAGAUAAACCGGCUGAUGUACGUUUCAUCAAGUCUUCAAAAUAUCAAAACUUAAAAAAGGUCGUUGCCAGCCCGAAUUGAACAUGUAGCCAAUAAAUAUGAACAAAAAUAGGUCAAUAAAAAUUCGCAGAGAUCUGAUCAAUAAAAUAACAUUUCAAAAAAAAAUUUAUCUAUCUAAAGUUGCCUAGAUUUUUACUUAGAACGAUAACAAAAUAUUCAAGUUAUUUAUUGGUUGGUAAGGCCAAUUUUGAAGCAAAUAUUAGGAGGUUUCUGAAAUUGAUAUGAACCUUAAGCUCUCCAUAUUUUUUGAACCUUCCAGGCGACUUCCAAAAAAAGGGAAAAAAAUAUUGAAAUUGAGGCCAUAAAUUUUUGAAAACUAGCUGAUUCCUCAAAAAGUGCUGUUUCUAUUAUUUUUUCAGCUUCUAAAAAAAUUUCAGAAACCCAAAAAGGAACAUGAAGAGCAAAAAAUCGGCCAAAACUGCAUUCUUUUCGAUCUUUCGAAAAUCAUUGUCAUGACUUUUUAGACACUAGAAAUACAUCUUUUUGAAUUUUCAAAUGAAAAAAAGUGAUCUGAAUCUGUUCGAAACUAUGGUACACUUGUAUUCAGACUCAGAUUUUUUCAAAGCUCAAUAAUGUCUUGAAACAUAAUUUUUUUUUCAAGUUUCUAAACUCGGGCAAGGUGGAAAGGGUGGAUAAUGGCCGCUAAAAGGAAAAGACUCAAAAAAGGCAGCAAAAAGAGUCCCUUUAUCGAGCCUCCUAUUUUUUCUGGGGUUUCGAGACUCGAGAAGUGGUGGAAAAAGGGUGAAUAAAAACCUAUGAAAUGGUGCAAAAAGGCACUAAAAAGAACCCUUUUUCGAAUUCCACUAGCCCUCCUUCAGAUGCCCCAUCCUGGUGUCUGUAUCCAAAAUCGGGACGGCAAACGUGCUCGACUGCACCCCAGAGGAGGAGUCGUGCAUCCGGUCGCAGCUGUGGAUCGGCGUCGCGACGUCGGAUUCAGAAGACGUCGUCGUCACGAUGGUCAAACACGUCGGCGGCGGGUUUUUGGAGAUGGAAUCGAUUUCCGACAUGCUUGAUGUCGCUGUUAGGUUGGGUUUAGGACGUUUUAUACGGUGUUUUAAACAAUGAAUUCAUUCUUUCUCCGGAAAUUCUUUCAAAUGAAACAUUUUUGGAAUCUUUCUUUGAGGUGUAUUACAGCCCAGGAAACAAGAUUCUGAAACUUUUUUCAUGUCUGAAACGAGUUUCAGAGCCUCGAGAACGUUAAGAACAUCAAUUGAAGACCGCCUGCAACAGGAGCAACCAAGGCGACCCGGGUACACCUUUCUAUUAUAA